AUGGCAGCGGCUGGCGGGCACUAUCAACUCCAGCAGCAGAGGCCCAAGUGUGAAGCGGCGAUUAAGAACUGCAUCAACAACGACCUCAAGGAGAUAUGCAAAGCCUACAACUAUCAAGUCUCCGGCACCAAGGCGGUCCUGCAGAAGCGGUGUCUUGAAAUCCUCGACAACGUCGUCAACCGCGGUGAUCAAGCUGGAUUCAACGACCUCUUCUAUCGAGUGAGCAACCACGGACAAGCACCCCCGCGCUCCAGCGCCGCCGCGACUUCGAGCUCAUCGAGCAACUACCACACCAACACCAACGGUGCCUACCACAACGCCACAUCAAUGGCGCCACACCGCGCGCCGGGUCGCAUAGACCCAACGAGAUAUUUCAAGUCGAGUCCAUUCUACGAAGUGCAGGAGGCGGUGCUCCCUGUUCAAGAUCUGCCUGCUGGCGUAGAAAUGCCACAAAAUCGAAACACCAUCCGAGUCGAGCUCAAACUCACCGCCGACCAAGUCUCGCGACUCAAGGCCGACCCCAGCAUGCGACUUCUCCUGUACUGCGGCAACCACUACCAGAUGUCGACUUACCCACGAUCACCGGUGGACGUGGCGUUUCCGAAUCAGAUCGAGGUUAAAAUCAACGGCGACGAGGUUCGCUCGAACUUUAAGGGACUCAAGAACAAGCCAGGAUCGACAAAGCCGGCCGACAUCACCAGCAGCGUUCGGAAAGCAAACGGCUAUCCGAAUCAAGUCGCCAUCACCUACGCCCUGACCAAGCAGCGCUUCAGCUUCAUGGUGCAUCUCGUCAAGUACAUCAGUGCCGAGACACUCACUGAGCGCAUCAAGACUGGAAGGCAUGGCGGCGGCAUCAUCUCCAAGCAGAGGGUUCUCGACGAGAUGAACAGGAUCAACGCAGACCCCGACAUUGCGGCGACUUCUGCAAGGAUGUCUCUCAAAGAUCCCAUCUCCACACUACGAAUCAACCUGCCUGUUCGCUCGGCGGUCUGCAAGCACAACCAAUGCUUUGACGGCUCGAUGUUCAUUCAGCUGCAGGAACAGGCGCCGCAGUGGAGCUGCCCUGUCUGCAGCAAGAGCGUCUCGUACGAGUCGCUGUGCGUCGACAAGUAUUUUGAGGAGAUCCUGCAGAAGACCUCCUCGUCAAUCGAAAAGGUCGACGUGGAGCCGAACGGUGAGUGGCGGAUCAUCAAGGAAGAAGACGAUACGAAGCCGGCCGGACACUCUAGCAGAGCAGGGCGAGCUGCGUACGACGACGACUUUGAUGAUGACUUCAUUGAAGUUGUGGAUCCCAAGGUCAACGGCAAACUUGCUGCCCCGCGACCAACACCUUCUCUGCUGUCACCAAUGCCUGACCAAGGUUUCCCCAUGAACACUCCACCCCUAUCAUCACGUGGUGUAUCAUUAGCUCCAUCAGCGGCAUCCGCAACACAGAGCAACAAGCGACCUGCGAGCGCAGUCAUCGACUUGACGUUGGACGACGAUGAUGAGCCACCGAGGUCGGGAAAGAGACAGCAGACUGGUCCGGGCACGCAGAACGGUAACUCCUCACAAUAUAGCACGCCGAACUCCCUCCCCGAGCAUAGAUAUACUCAACCUCAGUCGGCCGGUCAGAGUCGCGGUACUGAUAGCUACAGGCCAUCAAGUAACGCACCAAGAUCGCUCACCAACGUCCGGACAACCUCGGCCGACUACAAUAACAACCGGCUCUCCAGUGGUGUUGCGAGUGGCCCGGGAUCGCCUUACCGCCCUGCGGGAAGCAUCAGCCCAGGCUUCCCAAGCCACAGCACCGCCAGCAACCAACAACACGCGCAGCAACAGCACGCCAACUGGAACAACCACUCGCGGCCGGCCACUGGGAAUGCGUCCAGUGCGCAGGGCUUCCAACCGUUCUCAAUAAGACAGCAUGGCGCCACGAGCAAUUCAGCAUCUCAGUCUCCGCAGCAGUCGUAUCGGUUACCUCCUAUUCUGUCACAGCCUCAGCAGCAACAUCAGCAGCAGCAGAAUGGGUACAGCGGUGGUUGGCGGAGCGACUAUCAGAGUUACUCCAACAGUCCACCGGGAGGAUGA